AGCAUCAGACAGAGGGAUGUCAGUGCUGAAUCAAAACCAGGGAGAGCAGAUGACAAACCAGUGGCAGGUCAGACGGACGGGGGUGCCCUGCAAACCCUCUCUGACGAGUUUCACAAGCUGAGGAUCACCAUUGAAGGGAGUCUGCCAAACUUGGUUAAACGGACCACAAACACUGAGGCUUGUGGGUGUCAGCUGGGUCACAGAGAGAGACAGAAGGAGAUGAAGGAAAUGGCAGAGCACCAUGAGCGCCAACUGGCCCAGAUACACGCUCACAACCAGCACCUGGAGCUGCAGAGAGAGGAGCUGGCCUGUCAGCUUGAUGUCCUGGCUGAGCAGAGCAGCACCAGUCACCUGGAGAGUCUGCUGACAGAGCUCCGAGAGCAGGAGCAGAGGAAUGAAGAAACACUGCAACAACUAGCUGAACAUCUCCAUGCGCUACAUGUCAAACAGACCUCUGCACCUGCUGAUCAGCCAGAGCCACGCGAGAAGAAAACGUUUGACCUCAUAUCCUCUGUGGAUGGCUCUCUCUCUGCCCAGAUUAAAUCUCUGCGACAGGCAUACAUGCAGUCCGGUGGCUCAGAUCCAGCCAUCGUGGCCCAGAUAAUCGACUUGCAGGCAGAGGCCCAAACUCUGGAGCAGAACCAGCAAGGACCUACAGCCAAGACCAGGAGGAAGAAGGUGAGGCCUCCAUCACAGGGACAGAGCUGGGAGCUGCUGGCUUUGGAGCGGGAGAACCAGAGACUGGAAGAGGAAAUCCUCAGGCUCCAGCUGGCCAGGGAGAGACACCAUGGCCAUGAAGCAGCAGUGAGGACAGACCUUCAGCCGAUUCAGAGGGAGAACCUCCUCCACCACAUGGCCAGUCUGCAGGCAGAGAUGGACAGCCUUGGCAGGGAGGUCGAGCGAACCGAAGAGGCUCCAAGGCACCGCAGGCAGCCCCAUCCACCCCUUCCAUUCUCUUCACCCUUCCAAGUCCAACCCCAACCUGCACUGCAUCCCUUGGCUCACAUUCAUGCACCUCUAACCCUGGCCAGGUCGUGCACCUCUUCAGUGGGAAGACAUGUGGUGGACCACUUGGACUCUCUGGGACCCGCCCCCUACAAUCCUGUGGCUGGUUUUGUCAUUUUCUAUGACCUGGUGCUGGGAGUUGAUGCCAAUCUGAAGGUGCUGCGUCUGGUGGCUGCUCUCUAUUUGAGCGGUGAGGAAGUGGGACAUCUAACACCGCUGCCCCCUGUUCAGUGCCAGUCCAGAGGAACGCUCCCCUGCACCCACAGUCUUCACAAUGGAAAUUACACCCCCCUGUCAGUGAAACAGUUUGUUCCCAGGAUGCAGCCAUCUCCCUCCCUCUCUCUGGUGGUGGAGCUCCAAGCAGCAGGAGGUCUCGAUAUUUACGAGCAGGAGGUUCAGAAACUGGAGUCCCAUGGCUGGGCACAACUGGAGCUAUUUGACCAGCACAACCAGCUGCACAGUGGCCACUGGAGAGCGCCAGUGCGUAGUCUUCCUGUUCAACCCUCCUUAACCCACAGCCAGCUCAACUCUAUACCACAGGUGGACAACAUGGAGCUGUGUGUACGCUUGGUCAACGCCCGGGAUGGAGACAUGCAGACUGACCUGAAGCCUGACCCCAGCCAUUAUAAAUACCUCGCUGUGGUGUCCUCUCAUCCUGGGAUGGUCCAGGGAAAUCCUGCUUUGUCCAUUCCGAGCUCACAGCCCACAGGAGCCAAUCAGUUUCCUUCUGAUCACCAAGAGGACCCUCCCCCACUGAUGGCAGCCAAUCAGAGUUGA